UCUGUGUGUGUGUGUGUGUGUCUGUGUGUCUGUGUGUCUGUGUGUGUGUGUCUCUGUGUCUGUGUGUGUGUGUGUGUCUGUGUGUCUGUGUGUCUGUGUGUGUGUGUAUCUGAGGAUGAGUGGAGGUAAAAAGAGGAGUGGCUUCCAGAUCACCAGUGUGACGUCAGACUUCAACCAAUCAGCUGCGAGCGUGUCUCAGGGCAGCUCCUCCCAGCCGACCACACCCUCUCCGAAGAGGAAGUUCGGCUCCCAUGAUGCAACGGGGCAGGGGUCCCGGUUCCGGGUGGUCCGGCUGGCCGUGGGCGCGGCCAGCGGGCGCGGCGAGACGACUCGGCGCGGCCGCUGGACCUGCACGGACUUCAUGGAGCCGCAGGACGGCUUCAGGCGCGUCAUGGACUCCAUGAGACACGCCCACUCGCUGGAGUCCCUGGAGCUGAUUGGCCGGGACGCAGACAGGGGCGGGGCCUACUCCCAGGAGCCAAUCAGAGGCGGAGUCUACUCCCAGGAUCCAAUCAGAGGCAGGGUGGGGCAUGUUCUGCAGAGUGGGCCGUCCUCUCCGACCCACCCGGGGCCAAACGUCCGUAUCCUGGCAGCGCCGGGGUUAGACUCCGCCCCUCCCCCGCCAUCGCCACGCCCACGAAACGUCCCUCCGCCUCUACGGCUGGACGUGGACUCUGCAGGACGGUCUGUCCUCAGGCUGUCUCACUCUCAGCCCAGCUCCCCCCCUGCCGGGCCGUACCAUCCCACUCUGACCCCCAGUCACACUCCAGCUGCCUUCAGUCUGGACCAGACCUUCUUCAACCUGCCAGGGGACGACAGUAGUUCCAGUAACAGCCUGAUUGCCAUCGACAACAAAAUUGAACAGGCCAUGGACCUGGUGAAGAGUCACCUGAUGCUGGCGGUCCGAGAGGAGGUGGAGCUUCUCAGGGAACAAAUCAGAGAUCUGCAGGAGAAGAACCAGCAGCUGCAGAGAGAAAACCACAUCCUGAGAACUCUAACACACAACACACAAUCUACACAACACAUGACACACACAAUCUACACAACACACACAACACAUGACACACAAUCUACACAAGCUGCACAACACAUGACACACACAAUCUACACAACACACACAAUCUACACAACACACAUAACACACAAUCUACACAGGAGAAGAACCAGCAGCUGCAGAGAGAAAACCACAUCCUGAGAAAUCCUACACACAACACACACAAUCUACACAAGCUGCACAACACAUGACACACACAAGCUACACAAUCUACACAACACAUGACACACACAAGCUACACAACACAACACACACAAGCUACACAACA